GGCCAUGUAUGCAUUUCUCUAUCUGAAUGCCAGUCCGUGCUCAGUGUAGAAGUAGUCGGCACACUGGCGGUACAAAAGGUUCACAGCUCCCUCGUUGUCAAACACCACGUCGGCACGCCGCAGCUUCUCGUCGCGCGAACUCUGACUCCUGAUCGAUGAAUGCCACACACACAAGACAAGACAGCACAGCACCAGACACCACACACAUUGCCCAACAACCAAACCAGCCCUCUCCCCUCCCCUCCCAUCCCAUCUUCUGACCUGAUCUGCCUCUCGACCCUCUCGGGCGGCGUGUGGACUCUCUCCAUGACGCGUCUGGCCUGGGUGCCCUCGGUGACAUCCACCAGUAGGAUGGGGCUGCACAGCCAGUGCAUGCCCGUCUCGAACAGCAGGGGGGCUUCGAUGGCCACCCACCGGUGGAACCGCAGGAGGCGGGCCGUGAUGAGCUUGAACAUGAGGCGGUUGGUGAUGAAGGGGUGGGUGAUGGCGCUGAGCUUCUUGCGCACUGCGUCGCCACGGUUGGGGUCGGAACUCCACGCCAAAGCAGCCAUCUUCUCGCGGUCGAUGUCACCUGGACAUCACACGAACAGGGAGACCGACUUGGGCGUCUGUCUGUGUGUGUUGUGUGUGUUAGGUAUGUGCCCACCGCCCCGCACAUACCUGAUUCGGUGAGUAUGGAGCGUCCGAAUGCCUUGACGAGGGCACGGUGGGCGGGGUGGUUCUUGACGAGUAUCUCUCUGCUGAUCUGGUCGCAAUCGAGGACGAUGAACCCAUUGUCACGCAUGAACUUGCCUGCACAACCACACACCACAACCACACACACAGCCACACUGCCAGCCAUGCUCAUUCAUCCAUCCACCUUGGUCAGUCAGUCACCCAACCAACCAUCCCUCUCUCUCUCCCUCACCGAGUGUGCUUUUGCCGCUGCCAAUGCCUCCCGUGAUUCCGAACACGCACAGCCUGGAGCCGAUGAUGUGCAGCACCAGGCCCCAUAGGCCGUAUGCGGGGCUCACAAGGGCGCUGAAGAUCUCCCCCCCCACGGCGAUGCUCAGGAUGCCAAAGUAUGCUGUCGGCGACUUCAGCAAGCCCUUCUUACGGAACGCUGUCUUUCGUCUGAGGAGACCCAGUGGAAGCUGGCACAGAGCGAAGAGUCCAGCGAACACGGCUGGCAGGAUGGACGAGUUGCGCACAGGAAGAGCCAUGUUUAGAUGAGAUCCCACCC